CUUAUAGAGAAGCUGGCAGUGGUGAAAACAGAGUGACCCUGCAGAACAGAGAGUGGAGUGGGCGAGGAGACUGUGAAGGCUGUGGAAUAAUUACAUUGUAAAAAAAAUCAGGUCUGCAGCUGAAAGAAACUGGGAAGGCUCCAGGCUACUAGACAGGCUCCACCCAAAGCUGGAUGAUCAUUUGGAACAGGCAUUGUGUUGAGAUCAGAGCUUAAACAACAUCAUACCUGUCUGCAUGAUUCAAGAUGGAUUCAGCAUUACAGAUUACAGUUAUUUUACUGACCAUCUGCUCCCUUCAUGUUUCUGCCUAUCCCAGUGGGAAAGUUGAAGCCUCCUGCAAUACAAUGGUGCCAGGUCAUGGAGUUGCAGCCCAAACAUCUGCUUCUCCUUAUACUCUGGAUGUAUCUAGUACUACCUACGAGGAUGAACAGAGCAUAACAGUCACACUCAGAAACACAUCACUGGUGCCUCCCUUUAAAGGCUUCAUGAUACAGGCUCGUGCAGUCGGUGAUGGUAAUAAUAUUGCCCUGGGAACCUUCACAGUCAGCAAUUCAGCCGCUCAGACUCUGCAAUGUAGCACUGCAAAUAGUGCAGUGAGCCACACCUCUGCUGCUGAAAAAACAGCCAUCCAGGUCACAUGGAUGGGACCAAACGCCAAUACAUCCGCCUACGAAAUAAGAGCCACAGUUGUACAGAGCAGAAAUAUUUUUUGGAUAAAUGUUCGAAGUUCAAAUAUUAAAUUUACUGGUUCUGGAGGAUUCAGGCUUUUGGCUCCUGCACUCAGCCAGCUGCUCCUUGGUGCCUCUGCACUGAUAUUGAUGCUGCUCAUUGUCUAAUGAUUCACAAUCUUACAGAAACUGGACACAAUGCCAAGAUAGUUUUCUCACUUUAUAAAUAGGUUGUGUGUCCUUAAAGAAAAACAUUUUUGGGAAUAUGGCAAUUAUACUCAUUGAAAAGGCAGUUGAAUUGCAGAAAUUGAGCUUGAAUAUAUACUGUACCUCUUACACCCUCUAGUCUGUAAAAGGCUAAAUUAAGACUUA